CGCUCCGAGCGGUCAGACCUCGGCCGCAGCCCGCAGAGGAGACCAACUCCCGCGCGCCCGCGGCAUGCGCCUCGGCUAGCGGCUCCCGGUUCCCGCGACCACCGCGCGUCCUGCUUCCGAUUACUCCCGUCUCCCUCUCAGUCUCUCUGCUGGCGCUCUCUCGCUCGCUCUCUCUCUUUUUCAGACACACUCACACAAUCUCACACCAAUCUAUACACUGGAGGAAAAAACAUUUCCUUCGCGCCCCCUCCCUGUCCACCCCAAGAAGCUGAGCAGCCGCGUGGCGGGGGAUCCCCGGACCGUCUGGAAAUGCUAAUCCUAAAGCGCUUCCUCGCUUGUAUCCAGCUCCUCUGUGUUUGCCGCCUGGAUUGGGCUUAUGGAUACUACAGACAACAAAGAAAACUCGUUGAAGAGAUUGGCUGGUCCUAUACAGGAGCACUGAAUCAAAAAAACUGGGGAAAGAAAUAUCCAACAUGCAGUAGCCCCAAACAGUCUCCUAUCAAUAUUGAUGAAGAUCUUACCCAAGUCAAUGUGAAUCUUAAGAAACUUAAAUUUCAGGGUUGGGAUAAAACGUCUUUGGAAAACACAUUCAUUCAUAACACUGGGAAAACAGUGGAAAUUAAUCUCACUAAUGACUACCGUCUCAGUGGAGGAGUUUCAGAAGUGGUGUUCAAAGCAAGCAAGAUAACUUUCCACUGGGGAAAAUGCAAUAUGUCUUCUGAAGGAUCGGAACAUAGUUUAGAAGGACAAAAAUUUCCACUUGAAAUGCAAAUCUACUGCUUUGAUGCGGACCGAUUUUCAAGUUUUGAGGAAGCAGUAAAAGGAAAAGGGAAGUUAAGAGCUUUAUCCAUUUUAUUUGAGGUUGGAAUAGAAGAAAAUUUGGAUUACAAAGCAAUUAUUGAUGGAGUUGAGAGUGUUAGUCGUUUUGGGAAACAAGCUGCAUUAGAUCCCUUCAUAUUGCUGAACCUUCUGCCAAACUCAACUGACAAGUAUUACACUUACAAUGGCUCAUUGACGUCUCCUCCCUGCACAGACACUGUUGACUGGAUUAUUUUUAAAGAUACAGUUAGCAUCUCUGAAAGCCAGUUGGCUGUUUUUUGUGAAGUUCUUACAAUGCAACAGUCUGGUUAUGUCAUGCUGAUGGACUACUUACAAAAUAAUUUUCGAGAACAACAAUACAAGUUCUCUAGGCAGGUGUUUUCCUCAUAUACUGGAAAGGAAGAGAUUCAUGCAGCAGUUUGUAGUUCAGAACCAGAAAAUGUUCAAGCUGACCCGGAGAAUUAUACCAGCCUUCUUAUUACGUGGGAGAGACCUCGAGUAGUUUAUGAUACCAUGAUUGAGAAAUUUGCGGUUUUGUACCAGCAGUUAGAGGGAGAAGACCAAACCAAGCAUGAAUUUUUGACAGAUGGCUAUCAAGACUUGGAGGAAGAAGAGGGAAGAGACACUGGAGAAGACACUGUUGUGAAUCCCGGUAGAGAGAGUGCCACAAACCAAAUAAGGAGAAAGGAACCCCAGAUUCCUACUACAACAAACUACAAUCACGCAGGGACUAAAUACAAUGAGGCCAAGACUAACCGAUCCCCAACAAGAGGAAGUGAAUUCUCUGGGAAGGGUGAUAUUCCCAACACAUCUUUAGAUUCCACUUCCCAACCAGUCACUGAAUUAGCCCCCCAAAAAGAUGUUGCUUUGAUUUCGCGGACUGUGACUAAAAUGCCACCUCACACUCUGGAAGGCACGGCCGCCUCUUGGAAUGACAGCUCUAAAACUAUUCUCACAUUUCCACAGAUGAACUUGACCGGGACCGUGGAAUCUUUAAAUACAGUUUCUAUAACGGAAUCUCAAGAGGUGUCUACUGACAUCAGUGAGGAUGAGAAUUUACUGACAAGUUUCCAGCUCGAUACCGGAGCUGACGAUUCUUCAGGCUCCAGUCCGACAACUUCUUCUAUGCCGUUCACCUCUGAGAACAUAUCCCGUGGGUAUGUGUUUUCUUCAGAAAACCCAGAGGCAAUCACAUAUGAUGUUCUUCUACCAGAAUCUGCAAGAAAUGCUUCCGAAGGGUCAGCCUCGUCGGGUUCUGAAGAAUCUCUGAAGGAUCCUUCCGCCGACGGGAACGUGCGCUUUGCUAGCGCGGCAGAUGGGGCAACACAGCCCGAGGCUGGAUCGGGCAGAGAGAGCUUCCUCCAGACCAGCUACACCGCGAUACCGAUCGAUGAACCUGGGAGGGCAGCUGGGUCUUCCGCUCCAGGCCCGCUGGUGUCACUGGGUCCCCCGGUCACGGACCUGGAAAUGCCGCCUUAUUCUACCUUUGCCUACUUGCCGACCGAGGUGACGCCCCGUGCGUUUACUCCAUCCUCCGGGCAGCAGGACUCGGUCCCCACCGUCCACGCGGGACACUCACAGACAACUCAGCCGGUGUUCAAUGGUGAGACGCCUCUUCAACCUUUCUACAGUAGUGACGUCUUUCCUCUAGUCACCCCUUUGUUGCUUGACAAUCAGAUCCUCAACACUACCCCUGCCGCUUCAAGUAGUGAUUCGGCCUUGCAUGCUACGCCUGUAUUUCCCAGUGUCGAUGUGUCAUUUGAAUCCAUCCUGUCUUCCUAUGAUGGUGCACCUUUGCUUCCAUUUUCCUCUGCUUCCUUCGGUAGUGAAUUGUUUCACCACCUGUAUACAGUUUCUCAGAUCCUUCCACAAGCUACUUCAGCUGUUGAGAGUGAUAAGCUGUCCCUGCAUGCUUCUCUGCCAGUGGCUGGGGGUGAUUUGCUAUUAGAGGCCGGCCUUGCUCAAUAUUCUGAUGUGACGUCACAUCAGCCCACUACUCAUGCUGCUUCAGAGACAUUGGAAUUUGGUGGUAGUGAAUCUGGUGUCCUUUAUAAAACGCUUAUGUUUUCUCAAGUUGAACCACCCAGCAGUGAUGUCAUGAUGCAUGCACGUUCUUCAGGGCCUGAACCUUCCUAUGCCUUAUCUAGUAAUGAGGGCUCCCAGCACUUCUUCACUGUUCCCUACGGUUCUGCAAUCCCCGUGCAUGGUUCUGUGGGUGUAGCUCCUCCGGCUCCCUUGUUUAGCAGCCCUAGCCACAUUCCGGUGCCUCCGUCUUCGGUAAUAACCCCGAUCGCAUCACGGCUGCCGCCGCCUCCUGGCCUCUCUGGGGAUGGGGAGUGGUCUGGAGCCUCCUCUGAUGGUGAAUUUCUUUUACCUGACACAGAUGGUCUGACAGCCCUUAACAUUUCUUCACCUGUUUCUGUAGCUGAAUUUACAUAUACAACAUCUGUGUUUGGUGAUGAGAAUAAGCCGCUUUCUAAAAGUGACAUAAUAUAUGGAAAUGAGACUGAACUGCAAAUUUCUUCUUUCAGUGAGCUGGUUUACCGUUCGGAAAGCACAGUCCUGCCCGACCUGUACGAUACUGUAAAUAAGUUGAACAUGUCUUUACCAGAAUCCCCCGUUUCCUUUUCUAGCACAAAGGGCACGUUGCCAGGGUCUCUCGCUCCUCCUGCCACUAAGGUUUUUGAUCAUGAGAUUAGUCAAGCUCCAGAGAAUACCUUUUCAGUGGAGCCUGCACACGCCGUAUCUCAAGCGUUCGGUGACACUUCGCUUAGACCUGUGCUUAGUGCGAGCUCAGAGCCAGCCUCCUCUGACCCUGCUUCUAGUGAAAUGUUAGCUCCUUCAACUCAGCUCUUCUUUUAUGAGCCCUCAGCUUCUUUUAAUACUGAAGUAUUGCUGCAGCCCUCCUUUCAGGCUUCUGAUGUUGACACAUUGCUUAAAACUGCUCUUCCACCUGUGCCUAGCGAGUCAAUAUCGGUUGAAACCCCCAAGGGUGAUCCCCUUAGUUCUACAGGAUUGCAUCUCCUGGCCUCAAACUCUGCUUCGAGGGAAAACACGCUGCUUGCUACAUCUGUACCAGUGGUCGAGGUAUCGCCUGCUUCUAACGCGCACGCUGCUUCACUUCAAGGUUUAACCAUUUCUUACGCAAGUGAGAAAUACUUUGAACCGGUUUUGCUUAAAAGCAAAAGUUCCCAGCAAGUGGUACCUUCACUGCGCAGUAAUGACGAGUUGUUCCCACCUGCCAAUUUGGAGAUUAACCAGGCCUUUCCCCCGAAAGGAAGGCAUGCGUUUGCUACUCCUGUUUUAUCUAUUGAUGUGCCACCAAAUACACUUAUAAAUCAGCUCAUGUAUUCCGAUGAAGUUUUCACCUCAACCCAGGGGUCUCUCACUGAUGAGGUAUUUGCUGGUAUCCCAGCAGUUGUUUCUGAUACACCCGUAACUGCCGAUCAGUCUGUUCCUUUAGGAAAUGUGCAUGUUUCCGUUACAGUGGUUUCUCCUGACAAAGAUGGUUCUGUCCCCACAACCAAGUUGCUGUUUCCCUCUAGAACAACUUCUGAGCUGAUUCAGAGUGCCAGAUCCGAUGCUGAUUUAGUGGGUGGUGGUGACGAUGGUGAUAAUGAUGAUGAUGAUGAUGAUGAUGAUGAUGACAGAGAUAGAGAUGGCUUAUCCAUAAAUAAGUGCAUGUCAUGCUCCUCCUAUAGAGAAUCGCAGGAAAAGGUAAUGAAUGAUUCAGACACCCAAGAGAACAAUCUUGUGGAUCAGAAUAACCCAACCUCAUAUGCACUAUCUGAAAAUUCUGAAGAAGAAAAUAACGUCACAGGUGUCGUAUCAGCCGGUCAGACCGAUAUGGACAGAAGUCCCGAUAAAUCACCAGCAGCAAAUGUGCCACCCCAAAAGCCCAGUGGUGGAAAACAGCACAAUGACGUUCAGACUGGUGAUGCCCUGCUUCCUUUCACUCCAGAAUCUGGAGCAUGGGCAGCUGUUGCAAGUGAUGAAGAGAGCGGAUCAGGGCAGGCUCUCUCAGAUAACCCGAAUGAUAACGAGACUUCCACAGAUUUCAGUUUUCCAGACGUUAAUGAAAGAGAUGUUGAUGGGGUCCUGGAAGCAGUUGACUCAGAAAUAACUCCUGAAUCCCCACAGUCCUCAACACCAACUCUUACUAGCAGGCACUCAGAAGUAUUCAACAUUUCAGAGGCAGAGGCCAGUAAUAGUAGCCAUGAGUCUCGUAUUGGUCUAGCUGAGGGGUUGGAAUCCGAGAAGAAGGCAGUUAUACCCCUCGUGAUCGUGUCAGCCCUGACUUUUAUCUGUCUAGUGGUUCUUGUGGGUAUUCUCAUCUACUGGAGGAAAUGCUUCCAGACUGCACACUUUUAUUUAGAGGACAGUACCUCCCCUCGAGUAAUAUCCACACCUCCAACACCUGUCUUUCCAAUUUCAGAUGAUGUUGGAGCAAUUCCAAUAAAGCACUUUCCAAAGCAUGUUGCAGACUUACAUGCAAGUAAUGGGUUUACUGAAGAAUUUGAGACACUGAAAGAGUUUUACCAGGAAGUGCAGAGCUGUACUGUUGAUUUAGGUAUUACAGCAGACAGCUCCAAUCACCCGGACAAUAAGCACAAGAACCGGUACAUAAAUAUCGUUGCCUAUGAUCAUAGUAGGGUUAAGCUUGCACAACUUGCUGAGAAAGAUGGCAAACUGACUGAUUACAUCAAUGCCAAUUAUGUUGAUGGCUACAACAGACCAAAAGCUUACAUUGCUGCCCAAGGCCCACUGAAAUCCACAGCCGAAGAUUUCUGGAGAAUGAUAUGGGAGCAUAACGUAGAAGUUAUCGUCAUGAUAACAAACCUCGUGGAGAAAGGAAGGAGAAAAUGUGACCAGUACUGGCCUGCUGAUGGUAGUGAAGAGUACGGGAACUUCCUGGUCACUCAGAAGAGUGUUCAAAUGCUUGCCUAUUAUACUGUGAGGAGUUUUACUUUAAGAAACACAAAGAUGAAAAAGGAACAGUAUGUUUUCAUUCACGAUGCUCUGGUUGAGGCCAUACUUAGUAAGGAGACUGAGGUGCCAGACGGCCAUAUUCAUGCCUAUGUCAACACGCUCCUCAUUCCUGGACCAACAGGCAAAACGAAGCUAGAGAAACAAUUCAAGCUCCUGAGUCAAUCAAAUAUACAACAGAGUGACUAUUCUACAGCCCUAAAACAAUGCAACAGGGAAAAGAACAGAACUUCUUCCAUCAUCCCUGUGGAAAGAUCAAGGGUUGGCAUUUCAUCUCUGAGUGGGGAAGGCCCAGACUACAUCAAUGCCUCCUAUAUCAUGGGUUACUAUCAGAGUAAUGAAUUCAUCAUUACCCAGCAUCCUCUUCUCCAUACCAUCAAGGAUUUCUGGAGGAUGAUAUGGGACCAUAAUGCCCAGCUGGUAGUUAUGCUUCCUGAUGGUCAAAACAUGGCAGAAGAUGAGUUUGUUUACUGGCCAAAUAAAGAUGAGCCUAUAAACUGUGAGAGUUUUAAGGUCACUCUUAUGGCUGAAGAACACAAAUGUCUGUCUAAUGAAGAAAAACUUAUAAUUCAAGAUUUUAUCUUAGAAGCUACACAGGAUGAUUAUGUACUUGAAGUGAGGCAUUUUCAGUGCCCCAAAUGGCCAAAUCCAGAUAGCCCCAUUAGUAAAACUUUUGAACUUAUAAGUAUUAUCAAAGAGGAAGCUGCCAACAGGGAUGGGCCUGUGAUUGUCCAUGAUGAGCAUGGAGGAGUGACGGCAGGAACUUUCUGUGCUCUGACAACCCUUAUGCACCAACUAGAAAAAGAAAAUUCCAUGGAUGUUUACCAGGUAGCCAAGAUGAUCAAUUUGAUGAGGCCAGGAGUCUUUGCUGACAUUGAGCAGUAUCAGUUUCUCUACAAAGCGGUCCUCAGUCUUGUGAGCACGAGGCAGGAAGAGAAUCCAUCCACCUCUCUGGACAGUAAUGGUGCAGCAUUGCCCGAUGGAAAUAUAGCCGAGAGCUUAGAGUCUUUAGUUUAGCACAGAGAGGGGUGAGGGGAAUCCAUACCUGAGCAUUGUUUUCCUCUUUCUGAAACUAGACAGGAAAAUCACUUCAGUUCUUCUGUUACCUUUUUGCUUACAUUCCAUCACUUGACAGUAAUUUUCAUGACAUAGGAUUCUGCUGCCAAAUUUACAUCAUUAACAACGUGUGCCUUUCUGCAAAACUUCUUGUAAUUCACUUAUUGUGUUUAAACUAAAAUGGUUGAAUUUUACGGUAUUUCUAAGAAUGGAAUUGUGGGGUUUUUUUGGUAUUGAUUUUAACAGAAAAUUUCAAUUUAUAGCUAUUAGGAAUUCCGAACUACAUAAAACAUGUUUGUUUUUAGUGUCAAAUUUUAGCUGUAUUUGUAGCAAUCAUCGGGUUUGCUAGAAAUAAAACUUUUAAUACAGUAGCUUGUAAAUAAAACACUCUGUUCCCUCUGAUAUUCAGCAUUUUACAACUGCAGUAUUCACCUAAAGUAGAAAUAAUCUGAUACUUACUGUAAAUACUGCUCUAGUGUCUCCAUGGACCAAAUUUAUAUUUAUAAUUGUAGAUUUUUUAUAUUUUACUACUGAGUCAGUUUUCUAGUUCUGUGUAAUUGUUUAGUAUAAUGAUGUAAUUCAUUAUCUGGUCUUACUCUACAAGUCUCCUGAUAUCCUUUCAUGUUAUCUCAGUAAUUAAAUCUGUUUUAGCAUGUAACUCUAACUUUUAUGGAAAAUAGAGAUACAUUUGUUUUGAAAGAAGAUGUUUUUAUGAGAAUAACACCUUACCCAACAUUGUUUAAAUGGUUUUUAUCCAAGGCAUUGCAAAAAUAAAUAUAAAUAUUGCUAUCGA